AUGCUGCCAAAAAUCCUCUGCCUUGGGAUUGUGUUUCUCUCUGUGACCACAGUAGGGACUAUAGCAAACUUCUUCCUCUUUACCUCUUACAUGUUAAAUGUCGUUGCUGGCCACAAGAUAAGUUCUUUAACUCUUAUUUUCACCCAGCUGACCUUGGUGAACUCCAUUGCACUUAUGAGCAAGGGAGUCCCACAGACAUUGCAGGGUUUAGGGUGGAAUUAUUUUCUGGAUGAUGUUGGGUGUAAAGUUGUAUUUUACUUUCGAAAACUGAGUGAAGGGCUUUCAAUUUCCCUGACUUGCCUCCUGUGUACAUUCCAGGCCAUCAUCCUCAGCCCCAGCAAUUCCAGGUGGGCAGAAUUCAAAGUCAGACUCACACAAUAUAUCACCCCCUGCUAUCUCUUUUGCUGGAUCCUCAAUCUGAUGGUAGAAAUUCCUAUUCCAGUAAGUGCAAGAGGCCCAAGGAACAGCAGCAACUUUACAAGUGCAUUUCAUAAUGUAUUUUGUACUUCAGAAUAUAUUAUGGAAUUUUAUUUGAUUAUGGUCACUUUCAGAAAUACGCUUUGUCUAGGGCUCGUCGUCUUGGCCAGUGGCUACAUGGUGCUUCUCCUACACAAACACCACCAACAUGCCCAGAAAAUUCGAAGCACCAGACUCUCACCCAGAAAGCACCCUGAGAUCGGGGCCACCCGAACCAUCCUUUUACUCAUGAGCACAUUUGUCAUCUUUUAUGCCCUCACCUCCAUUUUGACACUUUUUCUCAGUUAUUUUGAUCAAAAUUCUUCCUGGAUGUUGUCUAUUGCUAUCUUCCUGUCCCUAUGUUACCCAACCAUCAGUCCCUUUCUGUUGAUCCCCAGACUCCACAGGCCUACUUGUACUUUUUGGGCCAAGUGA